AUGACGAAGAAAGCGGUCGUGAACGUGCGAUCUAUGGACAAUGCAUGUUUCGCAUGGUCAGUGGUGGCCGCUCUAUAUCCAGCUAAAAGUAAUGUGGAACGGGAAUCGUCGUAUCCGCAAUAUAAAUCUGUGUUAAAUCUCAACGACAUUGAAUUUCCAAUGACGUUAAGUCAAAUAAAAAUAUUCGAGAACCUCAACGCAAUCUCCAUCAACGUAUAUACCAUCGAGAACAAGGAACAAGUAUCGAUCCUACCGAUUCGCCUUGCUGAUACGAAGAAGGAGAAGCAUGUCAAUCUACUGUACGUGGAGAAAGAUGAUGUGGGACAUUUCACAUGGAUCAAGAAUUUGUCCCACCUCGUGAGCUCACAACUGAGCAAAAAGAAGAAUAAGAAAUACAUUUGCGAUAGAUGUCUGCACUAUUUUAGUUCGAGCGAAAAGUUGGAGGUCCACACCGUCGACUGCAGGGAAAUGAACAAAUGCGCGAUCAGGUUACCGAGUGAAGAUGACAAGUGGCUGAGUUUUAGCAACUACAGCAGGAAAGAACGUGUCCCGUUUGACGUGUACGCUGACCUGGAAUGUAUCCUGACAAAAAUAGUGAGACAUCCGGAACCACCGAGCUACAAAUAUCAGCAUCAUCAAGUAUUUAGCAUAGAUUAUUACGUACACUGCUCGUAUAAUGACGCAUUAUCAACGUAUCAGUUUCGUCGCGAUACAGAUUGCGUUGCAUGGUUCGCCGAUAAACUCAGAUGUUUAGCACAAAAUUUUCCGCUUGUCGGCUUCGUGAGUCUCUUCCCUGGGAUCGCUCCUGCAAUCCCACUUCUGACACCAAUGUUACACCGUGGCUGGGGUGUAACGUGGGAAGGACUCGGUUUUGGUGGUUGUUGA